GAUUCCGGUGUCGCUUUUUGUGACGUCACAAUUACCCGACUUGUAGUUCAAUAUGAGCAUUUAGUUUUUAAUGGUAGGAAAGACGCUCUUGAGGUAAAUGAAUACAAUUUUUAGCUAGCUAAACUGUAAACGUGUAGUUAUUUUUAAAGACAGCUUCUCAAGGACAUUAAACAUCUCAAUUUAGCUAAAGGUUAACUGACGUUGAAACACGUGAGUGCCAAGGCAAGAUAGCUACGUGGCUAACUCUUAUGCUGUAGACUAAAAUCUCCUUUUGUUAUUUUAUUUCAACUGCAAGCACAAAAUCCUAUUAAAGUACGUCGACUGGAGCUACUCGUAUUACUAGCACCACGAUGCAGCUGGAGCUGUCCCGUGUGGUUUACGAAGGAGCUCGUUUGGGGGUGCUGAGGGGGCUAGGCAGGACUGGGCAGCAGUCCUUGGACAUCCCAGGAUGUCUGCUAUACACUCACUUUGGCACAGUCCCCCACCUCACCCAGGACACGCUGCACACACUCAGCAACGUCCCCUCCGUCACUCAGGUCACUCUGUCCAACAUAGCAGAGCACCAAGAGGUGUUGGAGGAGUUUAAGCAUGGAUUCAGGAAGUUUGCAGGACUUCAUGAGACGUUGUUGUACUGCUCACUUCAUGACCCUGCGACUCCCUGCCCGACAGGUUACACAACCAACAAGACUGUGUCGGUGUGGGGCAGUGGUGGGCGGAUAGAGCUGACGGUGUCCAAGUUCAUGGCUCUCCAGAAGACAGUGCAACCGGACUGGUAUCAGAGCAUGGCAGACGGAGAAACCUGGCAGAUCAAUACGUCUCGCAAAAGGGUUCGAAAGUCAGUGGAUCGGACCCUGGCUCAUUUGGACGAAUGUCUGGUGCUACACCAAAAAUCACAGGAGUUGGAUGGAGUCGGGGUGCUCGGGGUGGUGGAGGGAGGAGACAUCCUGGAAGAGAGAGUACGCUCUGCCAAGGAGACGGCCAAGAGGCCCGUGGCUGGAUUCUGCCUGGAUGGCCUCCAAACAGGCUCCAUGGACCAGGCCCUGAGGACUCAGCUCAUCACUGCUGUGAUUAAAGAGCUGCCCAAUGACAAACCCAGAUUGCUGCAGGGUGUCGGACGACCUGAUGAGGUCCUGGCUUGCGUGGAGGCUGGCGUGGACCUGUUUGAAGGUUUUUUUCCAUUCCAGGUGACAGAGCGAGGUUGCGCGCUCUGUUUUAGCUUCGACUUCUCCUUGAACCCAGAGCGCACAGUGCUGGAGCCGAAUGAAGACAAGGACACAGCAGGGGAGACACAACAGAAUGGCGAUCUCAAUUGUACUGAUCAAACACAGAUGACACGCUUUGAAAUGAGUCUCAAAGACAAAAGGUAUCACGACGACUUCAGGCCUCUGGUGGAAGGGUGUGGCUGCUACUGCUGUAAGAACCACCAGAGGGCGUACCUGCACCACCUGCUGGUGACCAAUGAGCUGCUGGCUGGAGUCCUGCUCAUGGUCCACAACAUAAGCCACUAUCAAAGCUUCUUCAGCGCACUGAGAGAAGCUCUUGCCAAUGACAAACUGGACCUGCUCAAAAAGCUGGUGCUUGGAGAGGGAGGCUGGCAGACUGAAAGAAAGGUGUAAUUUAAAAGAGUUGGAGGGAUAUCUGGAGGAAUUGCGCUUUUCAACUGGGAUGAAAUGGCCAGAGGCUUUACUGUGCAACGUUUUUACAGAAUGAAGAGUAAUAGUAUACAGAGACCUUGAGAAUGACUCUCUCUCUGUGUGGUUAAAGCCACAACUCUGUUGAAAAGAAGAGGAUAAAAGGAACAGAUAAAAGUUUGUGUGUCAGGUUUGUGCAAGAAGAACCAGCCCUUUAAAUUUCUGUGUUUUCUGAGCAAAUAACCAGGAUGCUAUCAAGGUUUAGAGACAGAAGUGUGUGUGCGUGCACUCUCUGAAUUAAUCUGUAUGAAGCAGAAACUGUGAGGAUGGACAGUGACUUCUUAUUGUGGCCUCUCAUCGACAGCAGCACAUUCUUGAGAUUGAUUAAUCAGUAAAAAGUAUUCCCUAAAUCCA